GUCUCAACUCGGAGUUUGGAGAUCAGAGAAAAAGAUGAGGAGCUCCGCUGCUGCACCGAACCAGCGACGAGGAACCAUUACAAAACCCUGAAGGAAAACCCAAUGUUGGAUAAACGCAGGAUCGACUCCACGGCGAGGAAAUGUGUGAGCUUAACUUCGAGGGGAAUCUGAAGCUUUGCAGGGUGUCCUACUGCAGCUGAACAAGGUGGACCUGCUGACGCUGGGCUCCCUGCUCACCUCUCACACCAAGUGUCAGCCGCUGCCUCCCCUGUGAAGAUGAUCAACCCUCAGAUAAACCUCCACUACAACUACACGGGGAAGCUGGAGCACCGGCCCAGCAUCGGCGCCAGCUCGGGCACCGUGGACGCCAAAACCAUCGCGUUCCUGCUCAUUUGCAGCUUCAUCGUCCUGGAGAACCUCAUCGUGCUGGUGGCCAUAUGGAGUAACCAGAGGUUCCACAACCGCAUGUACUACUUCAUCGGCAACCUGGCCCUGUGCGACAUGCUGGCUGGCGUCGCCUACCUGGUGAACCUGCUGCUGUCUGGAGAGAAGACCCUGCAGCUCUCGCCCGCCCUCUGGUUCGUCAGGGAGGGCAGCAUGUUCGUGGCACUGGGUGCAUCCAUCUUCAGCCUCUUGGCCAUCGCUAUAGAGAGACACCUGACGAUGAUUAAAAUGAGGCCGUAUGACGCCAACAAGAACUACAGAGUGUUCCUUCUCAUAGGGACCUGCUGGCUGAUUGCCAUAACUCUGGGAGCGUUGCCUAUUCUGGGCUGGAACUGCCUGGACAACCUCCCCGACUGCUCCACAGUCCUCCCUCUCUACUCCAAGAAAUAUGUCGCUUUCUGCAUCACCGUCUACAUGGUGUUGCUCUUGGCCAUAUCAGUGCUUUAUGCCCGAAUCUAUAGCCUGGUGAAGUCCAGCAGCCGAAAGGUGAGCAGGAACAGAAACUCGGAGCACGCCAUGUCGCUGCUGCGCACUGUCAUCAUCGUGGUUGGGGUCUUCAUCGCCUGCUGGACGCCCAUCUUCGUCCUGCUCCUGGUGGAUGUGGCGUGCGAGCAGCGCUGCCCCAUCCUCUACAAGGCCGACUGGUUCAUCGCCGUGGCUGUGAUCAACUCGGCCAUGAACCCGGUUAUUUACACUCUGGCCAGCCGAGAGAUGAGACGGGCCUUCCUUGGCCUGGUGUGUGGCGUGUGCUACAGGAAGCAGGCGUCCGCGAACGGCAGCGGGAACAGGCAGUCGCUGGAGCCCAGCCACAGCAGGAGCAAGUCGUGGAGCAGCCAGAACAACCCCAACCAGAACCAGCCGGGCUCCCGACAGGCGGAGGUGGAGAAGGAGCAGGAGACGGACGGGGCCCAUGGAGAGGUCUCAGUGGUGGCAGGAGGGGCCACCCAGGCUGUCCACUAGAGGGGAAAACUGAAAGAAGGGAUCAAGUAGUAGGUGAGGGUGGUCCUGACACAUGCUGGUGGGCCUGUGCAGUGGUCCCAGUGGACAGAAGUUAUGAUGAGAAGGGAAAUAGGUUCCGAGUGAUCUGGAAUAAAGGAUUUCUUGAAGGAAGCAAGGACUUGAAGCGUCGCUGCAGGGCAGCAGCUCCUCCUUUGUGCUUAACAUUGAUAUAUUUGUCAUCAUCCAUUAUCUGAAAACUCAUUGAAAUGUUAGAUUGAUCUGUGAAGCCAACACUUUGUCAUAGGUCAUAUUUCAUCUCUUGUAUGGGACUCAUGUAUCCUCAAAUGUGGUUAUUACGCAACAGACAAAUCGUACAUUGAAUUGUCUUCAAACUUGCAUUGUCGCAAAGAUAGAAGUUGAAAGUUUUGUUGAUAUAUGUUUUUUUUACAGGGCAAAUUAAUGGUGCUUUAAAAAAAAAACAGUUACCUCUAUCUUUACACGUAUGACCAUAGAGCAACUGCAGUUAUUCAAAUGAAAGUGCAAUUAUAAUCCUGCAAAAAACAAUGUAAUGAAGAAUGAUUGUAGACAGUAUUAGUUUUGCAAUAAGCAGUAUUUAUUAUUCUAUGCAGUUUAUUGUCAUUUACUCAGUAAUACUACUGUGCAGUUGCUGUAAUGAAAGCUGCACUGUAAAUAGUAUAUUUUGAGUUAAAAACGUAUUCGUAUUGUAUUAUUAUUAUAAUGUCAGGGGCAUCCUGUUUAAAUGACCUGGAUUAGUUAGUGCAGAGAACUGCUGCAGCUCAUUUAACAGCAGUGGUUCUUAGAGAUCGCAGAGCGCCAUCUGCUGGUUAAUGAUGGUAGUCCUCAGUGCACGAUAAGCUGCAUGCUCAGUAUCGGAUAUCUUCAAUCCUCACGUUAGUAAAAAAGCUUCAACCGCUUUGAUUAUUUGGUGUUAUUUCACCUGUUUAUUCUAGUGGUGGAAAUGUUUGAUAUCAACGCAUACAAGCAUGAAGCAAAAAACAAGCGUUCUUGAAGCAUGUGAAUGCUGCAUGUGGAUUAUAAAGUUAGAUGCAGCGGUUUAUAUGAAGCAAUAAAUAUGACUAACAUGGUAAAGAAAGAACAACGGUGAAAAUACCGUGCAAGAAAAAUUCACCUUGAUCACCUCAUGUGGCCGGAAGAGGGCGCAGUUUUGCCUUGUUUUGAGCAGUGUGCCUUCCCCAUUGCAUGCAAUUGAUCAGUUUUUAAGUUGAUCUGAUUUAUCAUACUACAAAUAAACACAUUUUCCCUUA